AUGAUGCGUCUUAUCAUAUUUUUCUUCCUUGUUUUUAUUUGCGAGCAAGGAAGUGCAACGAUAUACCAAUGUAAUACAAAUACUUCAUGUGGAUGUUCAACUUCAUUAACUCUUAUAUCACGUAUUAUUGGUGGUGAAACUGCAGUUCGACAAUCUUGGUCAUGGGCUGUUUCCAUUCGUACUUCUGGAGAACAUCUUUGUGGAGGAACCAUUCUUUCACCAUCAUUCAUUAUUACUGCUGCUCAUUGUUUCGAAUACAUAACUGAUUUAAAAAGUGUCACUAUUCUUGCUGGAUCCUUAACUUUAAAACCUUCAUCAAAUAAUUCAUCUCAAGUUCGUUCAAUCGCUAAACUCUACAGACAUCCUCGUUUUGAUCCUAAUUCAAAUCGAAAUGAUAUGGCUCUUCUUCGCUUAUCUAGUCCAUUCAAUAUGAGACAUGGAAAUAUCAAAUCAAUCUGUUUACCCUCUGGUACUGUUUCUCAACCACCAGACAAUAUUAAUAUGAUUGCUAUAGGUUGGGGUAUUACAUCAAUCUCGUCAGAUAAAAGUUCUUCAUCUCUUCGUCAAGUUACAUUAAAAUCCGUACCACUUACAUACAGUGGAUGUAAACCUCUUAUUUUUGAUAGUAAACUGCAAUUUUGUGCUGGAAUAAUAACGGGUGGCAAAGAUACUUGUCUAGGUGAUAGUGGUGGACCAUUAAUGGCAUUUGUUAAUAAUAUUUGGCAACUUCAUGGUAUCACAUCCUAUGGAAAUGGAUGUGCAUUGCCUGAGACUGUCCGCAUUACAUGUGGCAAAGAAAAAGUCACAUUUUUAUGUGGAGGAUGUACACAAGAAUUUUGUUUUAAUCAUUUGGCUGAUCACAAGCAAGAGCUAAGUAAACAAUUCGAUGAAGUUGAAAUUAAUCAUGAUUUCUUUCGACAAAUACUUACGGAGCAAACAUCUAAGCCACAACAGCAUCCAUUAAUUCAACAAAUUGAUACAAGGGAAUAUGAUUCAAUUAAUAAAAUUCAACAAAAACAAAUAGAAAAUAAGUUAAAUCAAUUAACUGAUAAAAUACCACAAAGUCGUGCAGAAAAUGAUUUUUUUGAAACAGAUUUACAUCGAUGGAAUGAUGAUUUAAUUCAGUUGAAAAAAAAACUUACUAAACCAUCAAAUAUCAAUGCUCGACAUGAUACUACACAACUUGUUACUACGCUUUCAAUUGAUGUUACAUCUUAUAAGCCUGGUAGUUAUUUUGAAUUAAAACCAUAUUAG